AUGGUUAUAAAACUGUCUAAUAUUGGUAAACGUCCCAUCGUCAUUACACACAGCAAUCUUGCGAUGAGCAAGAUAGUUGAAGACGUCUGUCCCAAACUGUCCCACACUAACAAACAAGCACUUAUUCUUCUGUCCGCGCGCGCAAAAGAGCAAUAUAUGAACCUCUUCAAUCAAUUCUCUGACCACCUCUUAAUAUCCUCCAUCAAAGAUACACAAAUAGAAUCCGCUAAAAGUAAAGAUAGAAAAACCAUAAUGAGAUAUAAGGAUAAUGCCUUCACUAAACCAAAACAAGCAGAUGAAAAAUCAACUGCUUUGAUAAUUUUAGAACUUGACGACCUCUACCCAAUUAAAUUUUCCACCGUUUCAAUGUGUGAAGAAGUGAUUUCAUUAAUAACAAAAUGUACCCAUCUCUUUCUCGAUGAAGCUACCCAGACUCCUAUAAAUCAAAUUUUACAUAUCCUCACAUUUGCACGCAACUUAGAAAAGAUAUUCUUAGCAGGCGACGCUUUACAGCUAGGUGUCCACUUACAAGAUGUCCCAAAAUUUUUACACCCAUAUUGUUUUGAAUCGAUACUAACACACACACUCCAGAUUUCCUCAAUUCCCAAAAUCACACUUAGAACAUCAUACAGAAGCCACCCUAUCUUGACUAGAAUCAUCUCCGACUCCUUCUACGGAUCCAUGUUGGAAUCAGGAACCAUAGAAUCCGAACGAUCUGAAGCCUUAUCCUUUCCAUUCCCUAUACAAAAUAUUCCAUUAUUACUUGUUCACACUCCUGAUAAAGAUACAAGAGACUCCCAUUCCUUCUCCCGUCACAAUAUAUCACAAACCCAAUUAACAAAGAUUGUUGCUGAAAAAUUUAUCAGUACAACAAGCUUACCAAUUGUCAUUUUAGGUCUAUACAAAAAACAAGUUGAGGAAAUAAGAUUAUUAAAUAUCCCUCGAAUUACCACCCUCACCAUAGAUUCAUAUCAAGCUCGCGAGCAAGAAAUAGUUAUACUAAUUACCACAAAAACUAUCCCCGCAGAUUCGCUAGAAAAUGAUAAAAUUAUUGGAUUUAUAAAUGAUUCCCAAAGAGUAGCAGUAUCCAUUUCCAGAGCCCGACAAGCAUUCUGUAUAAUUGGAGAUUUUAACACUCUUUUAAAAUGCUCAUCCUGGCAAUCAUUUAUAAACCAAGCGCUAAAAUAUACAUAUAUACUUAAUCAUAAUUUACUUUUUAGUACACAAGACAAUUCAUCAGUUCAAAAUAAUUCAAAUCAACAGAAACAUCAACACAUUCCAACCAUCACCAGCCGUCAACCACCACACAAGAAACAAUACCGCCCAUAUCCUCUCAUUACCCCACUCAAUUCAAUUAAAUGUAACCCCAAAAAUAAUCAAUUACCCCCAUACUUUUCUGAAAAUUAUACCAAUACCGAUUAUAAUUGUAAGAAUCCCCCACACAACCCAACCCCAAUAAACAAAUAUUCCUCAAUCCAAACAAAUAUGUACCCCACAAUACCCUCACAAAAUACAAUGUACCGCCCAAAUAUUCAAAAAUCAUACAUACCUUCUCCAAUGCCCUCAAAUUUCCAACAACCAACUUAUCCAUUUCCUUCAUCUUCUUCUUUUACUGUACCACGCACCAAUCUAAACAUUCAAUAUUUUAAUAACAGUUACUGGCAAUGGUCCGAAGAGGACCGGAAAUGGAUUAAAGUACCUCCACCUCCCCCUCAAUAA